AUGGACAACUCCAUUGCGGUUGCAAAGUCACGUACGCCAGUCCGACCGAUGCGUGCUUUUGUCGGCGGGGCGCUCGCGGAAGUUGAUUACCAGCCCGAGAUCAUUGAGCACAUGUACAUGCUGGAGAAGCAGACGUUGGCCAAUGUUGAGCUGAUGAAUGUUCAGCCUGAGCUCCACUGGUUUAUGCGGCCGUACCUCGUGGAUUUCUUGGUCGAAAUUCACCAGUCGUUCCGUUUACGUCCCGAGACGCUAUACCUCACGAUGAACAUGGUGGACCGUUACGUGUCGAAACGGAUUGUAUACAAAAGGCAUUACCAGCUCGUAGGCUGUGCCGCACUGCUGAUUGCUGCGAAAUUCGAAGAUUCGAAAGACCGUGUUCCUACCGUGAAUGAAUUGAGCCAGAUGUGUUGCAACGCAUAUGAUACCAGUGCUUUUAUUCAGAUGGAAGGGCAUGUUUUGUCUACUCUUGAUUGGGUCCUCGGACACCCAACUGCGGAGACAUGGCUGCGCUACGAAUACUCUUGCUCCCCACCGACGAAGCCUGUAACUCACACUGUGGCUCGCUUCUUGCUUGAAGUUACGCUAUUCCACCAGAGCUUUAUAAGCACAUUGCCGUCAACCCUUGCGCUUGGUGCCAUGCAUCUUGCGCGCCAUAUUUGCCGGGAUCCAAGACCACUACCUCACUCGGCGGGUCGUACAGCAGCGGCUGCUGCCAACCAAAUUUACACGUAUAUAUCUGAGCAUCUCAGCGACAUUUCCUUCAUUUUGAUCAAAAAAUACUCGUAUGCCCAUUACGUGGACGCCUCUGCUCUCGUUCUUGACUGGUUCCGCAAAUGUGGCACGAUGCCCAAGACGAACGACUUGAGCGCGAAGCAGUUCCGCCAAGAGGCGUACUCGAGUGAUGAGGAAGGUGGCUCUGCUCGUUCGAGCUCCCCAGCCGCAUCCAUUUUUUCCACACCUUCUCGGUCUAUUACUCGUGAUGAUGAUGAUGAUGAGAGCUUACCUGUCACCCCAUUGUCUCUCCAUUCUGUUCAUGACACUACCUACAACCACACGCAAUCUGGCCGCUACAAUGUGGACAGGCUUAACGUAAGACAUUCUUUGCAUAUCCCUGUGGACCACAAGUCACAACACGGAGCUCCGUGGCUCAACUUAAACAACUUGAAACCGGUUGCCAAGCAGUCGGUGAGGCCACGCAUGGACAUGGAAGUUGAUAUGCCUACCAGGAAUUAG